AUGGAUAGAAAAUCAAUUUCAAAAGAUAACCAAGAACCAACAGCUGGACAAGAGGAAGAAGAGGAAUGGGAAGAGUGGGAGGAAACUCCUGACUACAUUCGCUCAGAAGAUUAUAACAAGCAAGAAGAAAUAAAAAAAAAUAAUCCCGAUGAGAAUGAAAGAGAAGAAAAAUAAAAAUUUAUAGACUCAGAAAUAUUGGCUAAAGGGUAUGAGCCACAGGAAUUUUUCUUUUAUCUCAGAAACUUUAAAAGUAAAAUUGGAAUAAUGUAAAAUCACUCAUUUUUAGACGAUGGACAAGAUCUUGAUAAUUGGUAGUUAGGAGAGCUAAAGUUAGCAAUAUAGGAAUUUCUUGAUUUCUAACUUGCUUAAGAAUUACAAAAUCAAGAGGAGGAAAACAAAGAGAAUCCGUCCAGACUUCUCUUUGGACAAGGGCUGAAAUAGAACUAGAUGGAAUAGAUAAUGCCAUUCCUUAACAGAUAUUAGCCAGGUCCUUACCUUGAAGUUACUCAGCUUAAAUAGACGAUUCUGAAUAGAAAUUCGAGAAAAAUAUUCAUAAAAUUAACUCAUGCUAAAGUCAAAUAAUAGACAGAAUUUUUGUUCAUUAAAUCUAACCAACUUUCAUUCAACAUACUGACUAUUCCAAUGAAAUGGGAUGUGGAGAGAAAUGAAUCGGAUAUUUACCAAUUAAGAAGGCUAUUAUAGUAUUAAUUCCCUCACCUGCUCAUUCCACCUCUGCCUCAGAGAUAGGAGUACAAAUUUACAUAAAAAUCGGUUAAAAAAAGAUGCAAGUAUAUUGAAAGGUUCAUAAAUUCUGUAUGCAGAUCUGAGCAGCUUUGCACAUAUCAGAUUCUUGUAGAAUUUCUAAUGAUAAAACAUAAUAACCCAAAAACAUUCUAAGAAAAAAUAAAGAAAGAGGAAGAAACCCUAUUAAAACAGAGACAACCCUUGAAACCUGAGGCCAGUGAACUUUCCAGUCUUUAUAAUAAAUUAGCAACGAAACUAUAGCCAAUGGCAGCAUCAUUUAAUCUUCCACAAUUUAUCGAGAGUUUCGAAACUAUACUCUAAAACCUUUUAAAACUUUCUGUUGAUAUUAAAACUAAAUCUGAUGUGCUAUGUCAAAGUUUCUUAAAGUUAUAGGAGGUUUUAGUCAAGAUUUCUUAAAAUCAUGGAGAUUCUGUUGUUUGCCAGCUCGAAAUUUUUGCAAACUUAUCCAAGGCAUUCGGAACAGAAGGAUUUAUUCUCUCUCAACAAGGAGAAAUCAUCUAGGAUGCUUUGAAAUAUGUAAAAUACAAUUUGGAAUACAUACCUGAACUCAAAGAGCUCCAAUAAAAAGCAGAGUACGCCAAGUAUAAGUUUGAAAGAUCCGAAAAAAAUUUCGCAAAUAAGCGUUAAAAAGUUGUAGCUCAGCUUGGCAAAGAUAAUAAAAACUAAGUGUCCGAGUAACUAGUAGAUAGCUUGCUACCAGUAGAAAUGAAAGAUCUUGAGAGGUAGACAUAAUUUAUGAAUUUCUUUAAAAAUCAAGUCUUCCAAGAGGUAAAGAGAAUGUAAUUCGAAAUGGAAUAUGAAGGAAUGAAGAAUAACUUUAGAGAUAUGAUUAAGAAAGUUACAGCUGGUCUAAAUCAGAGAAAUAUUCAAUGGUCCAGCAUAAUCAAUGCAUUGGAAAAGGUCAAAUUUGAGAAUUUAUGA